UGCGGGGUGGUGGAGAGGCGGAAGGGAGCGGAGUGCGCAGAAGAGAGUGGUGGGGAGGAGGAUAGAGAUUGGACAUCGUGCAGCUGAAGCGGGGAGGGUUGCAGGGACAGGAGGAGGAGGGGAGAGCUGAGGGAGAGUUCGGGGAGCGUUGGGGAGAGGAUGUGAGCGGCAUGGCCCUGGUGACCGUGCAGAGAGCCCCCAGCCCCCUUCCCGCUGACAUCUGCCCCGUGGACGAGGAGACGGAGAGAGAAGACGAAGACCGAAAGACAAACUUUAGCGACAGCUUCCUGACCGUCAAGGGAGCGGCACUGUUCAUCCCUGGCGGGAACAGCUCGGUGGGACACCAGUUCUCCCUGCGCUGCCACAAGGAUGCAGAACAUUUGCAGCAGCACCUGCAGGCGAUGUUUAGCCACAUGCGGCCAGAGGACACCAUCAUGCUGGCGGCACACCUGGAGAGCGUCCACCCGACGCGCGUGCGUUACAUGACGCUCGUGUCAACUCACGGGAGCCGCAGCAUGGAGGAAGGCUUCAUCAUGGGCCUGGACUUCCGCAACAAGGACAGUGCCAAUUGCACCAUCGGCCUGGUCCUGCCCUUGCUGAGCGACACCAUGAUCCACCUUGACGGAGACGGCGGCUUCAGCGUGACCACGUCAGACCGGACCCACAUCUUCAAGCCCGUGUCUGUCCAGGCCAUGUGGUCUGCCCUGCAGUGCCUGUACAAGGCGUGCGAGCAGGCGCGCCAGCGGCACUACCAGUCCGGCAGCCGCUACGCACGCUGGCUCGCCUCCUACGCACGCAAGGUGGCCUCCGAGCAGAGCUGCCUCAACGAGUGGAACUUCAUGUGCGACCUCGAGUCCCAGCGGCCAGAAUCACCAGCGCUCUUCCAGGACACGCCCACGGAGAGCGUGUGCACGGAGCGGCAGAUCCGGGCCACACUCCGCGAGAUCAUGGCCCAGUGCGACCUCGAGAGCGUCACCUCUAAAGAGAUCCGUAACAAGCUGGAGGCGCAGAUGGGUUGUAACCUCAAGGAGUACAAGGGCUACAUCGACAACGAGAUGAUCAUCAUCCUGGGCCAGAUGGACAGCCCCUCGCAUAUCUUCGACCACGUGUACCUGGGGUCUGAAUGGAACGCAUCGAGCAUCGAGGAUCUGAAGAAGAGAGGUGUUGGGUACAUCCUGAACGUGACGCGGGAAAUCGACAACUUUUUCCCGGGCGCGUUCGAGUACCGCAACGUGCGCGUGUACGACGUGGACUCGGUGAACCUGCGCAGCUACUGGAACGAGACCUACAACUUCAUCUCCCUCGCCAAGAGCAAGGGCUCCAAGUGCCUGGUUCACUGCAAGAUGGGCGUGAGCCGCUCGGCCUCCACCGUCAUCGCCUACGCCAUGAAGGAGUACGGCUGGACACUGGAGCACGCCUACUCCUACGUGAAGUCGCGACGCGGCGUCGUCAAGCCCAACUCGGGGUUCAUGCGCCAGCUCGAGGAGUACCAGGGCAUCCUGGACGCCAGCAAACAGAGGCACAACAAGCUGUGGCGCUCCCACUCGGAGGGAGACAUCUCGGAGCACGCCACCGACAAGGACAUGGACCGCAGCUUCACCCAGGGCGCGAUCGACGGCGAGGCAGGCCAGCCGGCGCCGGCUCCGGAGGGCGAGGACCCCGCCGAGCAACAGCAGCAGCAGCAGCAGUCGGCUCCGUGCCACCGACAGCCGUCGCCGCAACUCCUCGGCACCGAGGGCGCCGCGACGCUCGCUCCGGCGCCGCGGCCCAAGUCGUGGUCCCCGGACGUGUGUCCACCCCACGUGACGCCCUUCCAGCUCAUCCGCACCGACUCGGACCCGUUCGCGGCCUCCCCCACGGAGCUCGCCGGCGGCAGGUUCGACCCGGGCCUCCCGACCUCCGAGCCCUGCACGCCGACGUCCCUGGAGAUGGAGCGGCGGAGGGCGCCGUCGCUGUCCGAGUCGAGGAAACGCACCUUCUCCUUCGAGCUGCCGACGAUCCACAUCGAGGACAUGGAGCGCGACGCCCUGGAGAGCAGCAGCGACGACGACUUCCACCUGGCCGCGGAGAUCCUGAGCUGGGAGCCCAGACCAUCUCCGCCGGCGGCGCGAGAGGGCGACGAUCCCUCCGCGGCGCCGGCCGACGCCGCGGCCGCCGGAACCGCCGGCGACCCGUCGCCGCGGCGGUCCCCCGGCGCUCGGCCCUCUCCCCUGGCAGUGCUGGCGGCCGACGCGCGGCCCCUGUCCCCGCAGACGCCGGUGCUGGGCCCGUUCUCGCCGGUGCACGCCGCUCUGCAGCCCCAGACGGCGUCGAUGGCGGUGAAGACGCACCGCGGCCGCAUCGACUUCCUGGCGGUGAUGGAGCGCGUGCGGUCGCUGUCCGAGGAGGAGGAGCUCACGUCGCCACCGUUGCGGCCCGAGAUGGAGAGGAGGGCAGCCGGACAGUACGCCGGCGCCUUCAGACCCGUGGCCAGGCGCGUGCCGCUGAACCGGUCCAAGGAGGUUGGCGACGAAGGGGAGCGGCCCUCGUGGAAGCCGGUGUGCGGGCAGGUGCGGCGUCGGGCGGAGCUGAUGGAGCGCCGGUCCGGGUGCCCCGACGGCGCGACCGAAGCGCCAUCGUCCGGCGCGCCAGGCGAGAUUCGCCGGCCCCUCUCGCUGUCCGAGAUCGCCUCUCGCGACGCGUCGUUCCGGACCACCACGGAUGAGGAGGACGUGUUUGACACGUCGCCGGCGGCGACGGAGCGGCGGCACCGCGGACUGCGCCACCAGCAGUCGAUCGCGCAGCUGCAGCAGGCGGGGCUGGUGCGGCGCACCGCGGGCCGGUGGUCGGGCACCGGGUCGGCGCCGUACCCCGAGGAGAACGAGGAGGAGGGCGGUGGCGGGCGCGACGCGGCGCUGCCCGGCGGUGAGCGAGCGGCGCAAGAGGUCGCCCCGCAGACGGUCGCCAGCAGGGUCCAGAAGCUGAGCGGAGGAGAGAGCGGCGGCGGCGAGGACGGGGGCGACGGUGGCGGCGGCGAUGACGACGACGGCGGCAAGGUCUCUAGGCCGAAGAUGCAGCACCAGACCUCCAUUCUGCAACUGGCGGAGGCCGGGCUGGUGAGGAAGCAAGCCAAGGAGCUGCAGAGGAAAAUGAGCUCUCCGCUUAGCCCCACUGCUCCGGCCGGCUUCGACUCGGCUGCGGUCGAGGAAGCCGGCGCCGGCGGUCCCGUCACGGCCGUGCCAGAAAACGACCAACGGCAGAGCCUGGCAGCGGUCGCAGAAGAGCAUCCCAGAGUGGUGGCGCCAGCUGGCGCCCGCACAGAGCCCGCGGAAGAUUCCACAGACGCCCCGGAACGGCCCUGCGUGGAGUCGGCGCAGCCUCCGUUUAACGCCGGCGCUCCGCAGGACCGCCCUGUUUUGCCGGCUCGGCAGCCGAUCGCAGACGCGAGCAUCUGCGGCCUCGGUGAGGCUGUCUCCACCCACGAGCGCUCGUGUUCUCCCGACACCACGCGGGCCACAGUCUCCGGCGCCGGCGAGACCUCCGUCACCGCUGGCGAGCCCGCCGCCAGCGCUGGCGACGUAAACGAGGGCCGCUCUGCGUCUCCCCGUGGGCCUGGUGACCUGGGCGAGCGGCACACGGGUGACACGGACGCCCCUGGCCGGUACGGCGAGAAGUCACCGCCCUCGCUCGACAAACCUGCGGGCGGUGCCGAAGACGGCAUCUCCAGCCGUGACCUUCUUACCCAAGCGGCUACCUCGGCCGAGACGACGCCACGUUUGCCUUUCCUCCACGCCCAAUCCGGGGACGCCGCCUUGGCAUUCAGCGGGGAGACUGUUUUCUGCGGCAGCCCUUCUGCGGAGUCAAAAACUCCGACGCCUGGCGAUCGGAGAGCAACAUCGAGAGUUGGAAACGUGUCGAACGCCGGCGACCCAAGCGCCGGUUCCGGCGCGUUCUCCUCGGAGCCGAGAGUGGCCGAGGAUGCCUGCGCUGUGCCAGAAGUGCCGAAGGAAUUCCCGGCCAAAGGUGCCGCCGCCGCCGCGGAGGAAGAGGAGGAGGCUCUGCCUCGGAGGCCGCGCUCCCCGCUCACGUCGGCUACGCAGAGCUGCAGCGACGACGUGGCGGCGCCGGCGGCAAAGCCCGCGCCGCGGAAGAGACGGCAGCGGUCCAGCUCCGCUCGUCAGCAGCAGGAGCCGCAGGAGCCGGCCCCGCCGGCGCAGCCGGGGACCCAGAGAAAGGGCAGCUUGUAACGUCACGAGCAUCUCGCUUGCGGUGGCGGCGGCUGCUGCAGACAGACCAAAACCUCCUGACUUGCUUCCCUUUUUCCCAUUUGUUGAUGAUGUAAACCCGUGCCUUGUCGAAGCGCGUCGGUGUGCGGUUCCCACCGUCGAACGUUUCGCGUCCCUCGCCACGCACAGGCCAGACGGCGUCGGUGGCCUCAAGUGGCCGGCGCUGACCAAACCCACAGAGCCACAUUCCUCCGAGCAACUCUAUGAGCUCCAUGACCAAAACUGUACGCACUUUACUCGAGCCUGGGAGACCACAUUGCAGGGAUUUUCAUUCCUGUAGAGUUGCCGCGGUAUGGUAUGUCGUGCAACGUAAAGGCAGAGAGCAAAGGUGCAGUUCCGCAAUGUCUUCCCCAUGCGACUGCUAGCGGAAGACCCUCCACUAGCGGAGGCCCUAGAGAGCGUAGACCGGAUGUCUUGGGAAGAUGAUCGACAAUUUAGCCCGAUUGUAAAAUACAAGUUCCGCGAUAAUCGCAGAAUCUGUUUUGUAAAGUAUCGUGAUUAUCGUGGCCUGUGUAAGAAUUGUUUCAGAUUUUAUAUCUAUACAAAAAGUGAGGUAACAAACGCACAAUCAUUAAAGUCCAAAAUAAAUAGCUAUUUUCCCAUAAUGUAGCUUUUCGCUCAAUAUUUGCUGGGGUAAUUGGACACCAUGAUGGUUACAUGACACCGUAAUCUUUCGUAGUCCCAGUCGAAAUGAUCAAAUGAUUCCUUGUGUUAACUGACAGUGGCGUGCGUUGCAAAGCGUCGCAGGCCGUAGAGUUGCACCGAUGACAACACGGCAGUCUCGCGUUGUGUCACCGGCAGUCAACGCAAUCCACAAAACACAACGACGAUACAUUUGGUGAGACACCAAGACAGCUGUGGGAAACUGAUGUUUUGCGAGAAUCAUCGCAUCGCGAACAUCGAUGUGGAAUUGCACGUUGUUGUGACGGUGGAUGCCGCGGCAACUCUCCCUACAAGGGCGUCUGGGCACGUGGCGAGCCACUGGCUGACCGCGUGUUCCGUCGCCUCUUGACCAACUUGGCCCUAAAGAAACUUGGCCCUAAAGAAACUUGGCCCUAAAGAAACCACAGCCCACUGCUUUGUCAGCAGUGAGCUGUGGUUGAUCAUCCACAGGGGGGAGUACAGUGGGGGUGAUCGGGUGUCCAGAGAAGGAUGCGUGUUGGUGUGGUCUUGUCGAUUGGUCGGAACGCGCACCUUCAUUCACAUCGGCGUUAUCAUACAGGGAGCAAUAAUAAGGUAUCGAUUUGUAAAAUAACAUCGAUUUAAAUUGGCGUGUGUAACAAUUGGUCAUGUUUCAUUCUCGUGUGGGUGGAGCGGUGGCACAGUGCUUGGCGCGCACCGCGCUACGAAACCGGCAACUAGAAUUAAAUUCCCGACCACAGGCAAACAUCGGUGGCCAGCUUUAGCUGAAUAGGUCUCCGGUCUCCCCCUUCCCCAACCUGCGCAGACCAGCUUGGUGAAGUACGGUCAAACAGCCGAUUUGACCGACCCAGCGCUGGGAGGUCUUCACACAGCAGUGCAUUGACAAAGGACUGUUGGCACAUGUUGUAAGUAAUUGGUUCACGUGUACCCACAGCCACUGGAGGUGUUGACCUUCACCGCAGUGUCAGAAAAAACGUUGAUUCUUGAAUCGAAUCGCGACCGUGAGUCACAGUGUGUUUAAUGAUCUGGCGACGGGGGUGAAUUUUUCACACGCUACUUCCCCAGCUAUCGGUGCGCGGCUCCACGCAUCGCACGUCUUGAGGCCAGGCUCGACUCCAGUACGAAUUGCUCGGCAGGAGAACUCCACAACGACCGCGAGCAAGCGACAUGGCGGUGGCUCUGCGCCUGAGUUGGCACCGCAGCAGCCACUUUGUCGACGCCCGUAGGGUCGCAUGGCCACCUCGCUCCACCACUCCAGGGCAGCGCAGGGUCCAGAGGUCAACGCCUCCACGCUCCACAGAUGGUCCCUCCCUUUCCGUAGCCUCCAGACCCCACCACUGUGACGGGAUUAUCAUGCCCGUCGUCCAGAGCCCCAUGCCGAGUUGGAUAAACACCCGUUGUUUGCGUUGCCCUUCAGCUGCUCUCGAUAAUGAGCAAAAGGAGUUGAUUUUGGCAUGGGAUGCUGAGUGGACAGGUGUGAUGUGGUGGUGUGGGACGGGCGACUCCAGUUCACUUGCCUUCAGCUUAGUGGUGGGGGGGCCUGCGGGGUGAGCGGGGGGAGAUGCGUACGGCACGCACAUGCUCUGUAACACUCGCUCCACUUUUCCAAGAAACCCAAACCAAAUCUACGCACUCGUGCUUUUACUGCGUUCUCGCCGGGGGGGGGAGUUUUUUUGGAAUGUCAAGGGCUGCCCCGGCAUUGUUACGGGAACGAGCGGCGUGCGCCACGCGUGGUGUCCUCCCGGUGUGCUGUGUGCGGCGCGAUGUUCGGCAAGUGCACAGUUCACCCAGGUGCGGCUCGUUUCUCGGGGGAGGCUGCCCGUGUCACAUGCACAGGAAUCGUCGUCGGCCGCUUGUUGUGUGGCGGGCUUAGGGGCCGGGGACCAAUCGGCGAUUGUGAAGAAUUUAAAACAAUAAAGGCGUCUUGUGGGCAGUUGG